AUGGGAAUGUCUGCCGAGGACAGCAGUUCCACCCGUCCCAGAGAGGGAGAAUGGCCAGAACUGGAAAAAGCAGAGAAGCUGGCAAGAGGGGCUGCCUUGAAGUGGGCAUCUGGGGUGUUUUACCAACCAGACAAGCUGGAUAGUCUUCCGCAGUACAAGAUUCGGGAGGUGCAGCGGAACAGGUUCAUUGAAUCCCGCCUAAAGUCCACUGCUCAGUCCUACCUGGAAGGCAUGAACACGGGCCUGGAGGAGCUGCAUUCUGCCCUCACUGAUGUCCAGCAUGUUCAAGAAGAAUUGGGGAGCAUUCAGAAGGACCUCACGUCAUGCCUCGAUUCAUUUCGGAGCUUACAGGAGCUACGAGAACUGGCCAUGAAGCAUGACCAGCUGGAGGCAGUGGUCCAGAUGUUGCCCCAGCUUUUCUCAGUACCUCAACUCAUUUCAGAAACUUUCAAUCUCUUACAAAGCCAGAACCUCUUGAAAGCUCAUCUAGGGCUCAUGGACUUGGAGAGUUUACGGGAUAGCAUCCUAUCCCAGUUGCAUAACCGCAACCUGCUCAGCUCCUUGAAUCUGACCAGCAUUGAAUCCUACUUCGGAGGUCUCCUGGAACUGAACGAUGCCUUGGCCCAGCAUCUGUGGCACACAGUUGCCCAUGCCACAAAAUUGGUGUCAGAGGAUCCAUCCCUUUUUGUAUCAGCUGUACGGAUCAUUGAGAGAGAGGAAAGCAUAGAUGCCGACGUGCUGCUGAGGUCCCAGCCUCAUGGCUUCCUCCCACCGGGACGCCCAAAAUGUUGGAGAAGGAAAUUCUUCCAAGUCAUUCAAGACACGAUCGUAGCUUCCUGUUUCCAGGCUGAGCCAAACAAGACUCAAGGCCAGUGGCUUAGUAGCCAUUUGGCAUCCUUGCAGAGUAGCAUCCUAACUGAAUUGUGCAUCGUGAAAGAUUUGAUGGUCCAGUGCUGCCCUCCUCAUUACGACAUCCUCACGGCCUUUGCCACCAUGUUCCAUCAAGGCCUAAGCAAGCACCUGCAUCACAUUCUUACCUGGGAACUAGACAAACAAGAGAUCUUUGCUCUGCUCCACUGGGCAAUCCAUGUCUACCCAAGUUCUGAAAUGAUGUCUCACCCACAUCUGCUUCCUGAAGUGGACGUCUCAGCCUUGGGUCCUAUGCUUCCAGCAGAUACAAUAGGCUCUCUGGAAGAGUCUUAUCUGGGGAAAGUACAGGCUAGCAUUGCAGAAUGGAUGCAGAAGGCUCUAGAAAUGGAGUUUGAGGAAUGGCUUUGUGGAAAAGAACCUGAAUCUGACUAUCAAGGCUUCUUCCAGACCAAUCUGCCUAUCAUUGCCAUGAAGAUGCUUGAUGAAAACGUUAAAGUGGUAUCGCUCAUCUCUGGGAUUUUCCAGCAGAAAGUUCUGGAAAUGGCUUUGGGAGAACUGGAGGCCUUUUUGGGCAGCCUGUAUGAGAAACUGGUGGAAUUUUGCAAAGCACACCAGCAAGAGCCCAUGGCAUCUACAUACUACACAGCAAGAUUGUUGUCCACUGUCAACAACUGCUUGGCUCUCAGCUCUUCCAUCUCAGCCUUGUGUGCCAAUGGGUUGCCAUCUGAAGGGCCUGCCAGGAUACUACCAACUCUACACACGGCCUUAGAGAAAACUCAGAAGAAGGCAUGCCAACUUCUACUGGAGGAGAUGCUGGCUGACUUGAAGCCAUUCUUUGCCCAGUUGCCCUCCCGCCAGUGGCUGCUGGAUGACCUUCAGCUGAUGAACAGCAUCUGCGAGGUGAUCGACAAACACGCGGACGGUUUCUGCAGAACUCACAAACCUAACAGCCUGUACCUGCUGUCAGAAGCUGAGCACCUGGUCAUGAGCCAGUAUGUGAAGUCCCUUUUACAGAAACGAAUGACGUGUCGAACAGCCGAGGAGAGGAGUAAGAUGUCCACAAGGAUGCUGCAGGACACCGCUCAGCUGAAGGAACUCUUCUCUGCCUUGGGCUUGGAGGAGGACAAACUGUCCCUCAAAGUCAUUGCAGAUCUGCAGCAGAUCAUCAGUGUCAAGGAUCCUUCUAUGCUUGGCCUGGAAGUGCUGGGAUUCAUGACAAAAUAUCCCGAUAUCAGUGAGGACCACGUUUCCAUGUUCUUGUACUUGCGGGGCGACAUCUCCAAAGAAAUCUGCAAUCAUGUGCUGGGAGUCAUGGUGAAAAAUCCUCAGGUCCUACCGGAGAAUUACGAUCCCGUUUUCAGCAAUAUCUUGGUUCCUGCUCCAGAAAUGCCCUUCUGCCUGGGCAAGUCCAAAUGUGCCUGA